AUGCUGUUUUGCGAUGAUUACGAAACUGGAAAUGCUCUUGGUAGCCACUCAGGAUGCAAUAAGUUAUGUGGAUGCUACAUAACGUUGCCAUGUUUUCCACCACAGUAUCAGUCUUCAUUGGAUACAAUCUUUCAUGCACUUCUUUUUUACUCUAAAGAUAGAGAUCAAUUCGGAAAUGCUAGUAUUUUUAGACUGUUAAUUGAUCAAUUAAACGACUUAGAAACACAAGGUUUGGAGCUUGAAUUAUUGCAGGGGAAAGUUCAAAUUUAUUUUAAAUUAGGCUUAAUAGUUGGUGAUAAUUUGGGCCUUCACUCGAUAUUGGGCUUUGUGGAAAGCUUCAAUGCUAAUUACGCGUGUCGUUUUUGUAAAAUGGACAAGGAUCUACGAUCUAUGGCAUCUCUUAAAGACCCAGUUUAUAUAAGGACCAAAUCUACGUACGAGAAAGAUUUUUUUCACCGCUUAAACGAUUUCCACGUUAAGGAAAAUUUUGCAGCAGAUAUUAUGCACGAUGUUUUUGAGGGAGUUUGUAUGUUCGACAUGGCCGCUUUAUUAAAACAUUAUGUUACAGUGGAAAAAUUUUUUCCUCUAGAACAAUUAAAUCACCGGAUGCAUAUUCAUAUCUGGGGUGCAACUGAAUCGAAUAUUCCUUUACCAAUAGCUGACAAUGACUUCAGAAACGAACAUUUACGUAGGUCAGCUGCAGAGAUGCUGACAUUUGUCAGGCAUUUUGGCCUGUUGGUAGGAGAUUUAGUACCGGAAGAUGAUCCAGCUGGGCAAAUUUAUUCUAUUCUGCGGCAAAUUAUAAACAUAAUUUUAUCGCCAUCUGUACAAAGAGGAUGUCACUUGAUGCUAAGAGUUCUGAUUCACGAACACCAUACAUUAGUUCGCAGUGUAUUGAAGAGACAACUUAAGCCAAAGGACCAUAUUUUCACUCACUUGCCAACGAUAAUGGCAGAAUGUGGACCUCCAAUUCACUUUUGGUGCAUGCGGUUUGAAGGGAAACAUCGAGAGUCGACAGUUCCAGCAUCUGUGAGCAAUUGUAAAAAAAAACAUUGCUCAAACAAUUGUUACGAAGCAUCAGUUAAAGUUUGCUUGCCAACUUUACACGAUGAAUAUAAAUCCUGUUUUUGA